CAUGGUACUUUACUCUGACUGUUGGCACUCUAACUCACAAAGUCAAGGACAAACGAGAGAAUCUUAGAACCCCAACAACAAAAACAAAAGUACAACUCCAAUAUCUGGUGAAUUAACAAACCAACCAUGGCAAGCCUCGACGCCACGUCUCUCUCACUCUCAGACGACUUCGAUCUCGCCCCGACCCUAGAGCUCGCCUUCCCCGCUAACACCUCUACCAACACCACCAACGACAGCUACAGCGUGCUCAACACCACCGACCCGCAGUACUUCUCCACCCCCGGGGCGAUUUUCAUCCAGGGUCUGUUCAUCCUCCUGUCGGCCAUCGUACUUGUCAUCGGUCUCGUCGGCAACUGUCUCGUCUGCUUCGCCGUCUGGCGAAACCCCCGGAUGAGGAGCGCCACUAAUAUCUUUUUGGUCAACUUGGCCGUGGCGGAUUUCCUGGUCAUCUUGAUCUGCCUGCCGCCCACCAUCACGGAGGACAUUACACAGAACUGGUACCUGGGCAAGGAGAUGUGCAAGGUGGUCAAGUGUCUGCAGAAAAUAUCCAUUCUCGUCUCCGUCCUGACCCUGACCGCCAUCGCCGUGGAGAGAUGGCUGGCCAUAUGCCGGCCCCUCAUGUUCCGCCAGACCUCGGUCAGGGCCAAACGUGCCAUCGCAAUCGUCUGGGUCAUCUCGCUGGCCUCUGCGGUGCCAGACGGCUACUCUGUGGACGUGCUGGACUACUCGGACCACGACCAGGGCAUCGUCUGCGAGCCCACCUGGUCCAUGGAGGUGGAGACCAUCCAUCUGUGGAUUAUGUUCGUCGUCUUCUAUCUGGUACCGCUCGGGAUCAUGACCUUCACGUAUAUCAAGGUCGCGUUGUGUUUGUGGAGGUCGGGGUACAACGACGAGAGUGAUGAAGCCAGCGCAAACGUUCCGAAGGCCCAAAUGCUACUUAGACGGAAGAAAGCUAAGAUGUUGAUAGUUGUGGUCGCCCUUUUUGCUGUGUGUUACCUCCCUGUCUACGUGUUUUUCAUCCUUAGGUACACAAGAAUAUUGGAUUACUUCCCCGUGUACACCAUCCAGCCUAUAGUCAUGUUCUCACACUGGUUAUGCUACUUCAACUCGGCCGUCAACCCUACAAUCUACAACUUCAUGAGUUGUAACUUUAGGCGCGAGUUUAGGAUAGCGUGUCACAUCUGUUGUAGGCGUGGCUCCACACAAAACACCAUAUACGAAG